UUUUUUGCGAGAACACUUUUCGGUAAUCUUGCAUAAUAAAAAGACUAAUAUGAAAAAGAUUACAUGAAAGUAGUGUCUGAGACGGUUGAGUAAAGCUAAUACCAUAUCAGUUACUUAAUGCCGUCUCGAUCUUUAUACUUAUCUCCAAUUUUUUUCAAGUUAAGACCAGCAUUUUUUUUAUUAAAUACCACCUUGGACUAAUCCAAAUUUUCAAUUUAGUCAGUCCAUUAUUGCUUACAUUUACCCAAAAUUUGUGUUAAUUGUAAAACUAUCAAAAAACAGCUCUUAUCUAAUCUUUGUUAUCUGAGAAUGAAUUCGACUCCUGUUCAAAAGAGUUCUAAGGAGCUAGAGGCUCUUCUACAUCAGGCCGAAGUGUUCACACCCCACUUGCGCAGACAACUUCGAGACUUCGCCGCUGCCAAGUGUAAUUCUGACUCUGUCGUGGUCCGGGUCAUGGACCUCGGCUGUGGACCAUGUCCGACCAUACACACUGUAGUGGACGAAAUCCAGAAGAAGAAUGGGAAAAAGUUAGAGUUUGUAGGUGUCGACCUCAACUUGGAGUGGGUCAACUACUGCAAGCAGCGAUACAUUCAGUACCCGUGUCAGUUCGUCCAAACCGACCUUUCUUCUCAUCCUGAACAAAUAUCUCUAUCACGUCUUACCUAUGACUCAUUUGAACUGGGAGUGGCACUUUUUUCAGUUCAGGCUCUCAACUCCCUAUUUGAUUCAAUGCAUCAAAAUGUGUUCAUAUUUGUGGAGUUUAAGUUCAUUCUUAUUCACGCCUUCAUGAUUACGAAAAGAAGCUUCGAAAACAGCGGAGAGAGAUGUUCAAAUUACUUCAGAAAUUACCUCGCAAAAAGUAUUCAGACCUCCUUUGAUAUCUACUCUAGCUUGAGUUGUCCAGUGGAGCUAAACGAAGAGACAUCCCAGCAGAUUCUGAAGACAGUCGAAGAGCGACUCGGAAACGGAAAUCACAACAUCAAGAAGAAAAGAAUCGCAGCCGACACACUGCAAGGGAACGUUCACUUUGUUUCACUUCUACUCAUCAACAAGAAACUAACUCAACGCGAAGGAACUCAAAGCAAAAUUUAAUAAAAUAAUCUUUCAAAAAAUUUUAAUUGUUUUUCA